AUGUGGAAAGCAGCCGUCUUGACUCUUUGUCUCUUGGUGGCAUUGGUGGACAGGGUCCGGCUCAACGAAGCUCAUCCCUCUUUCUAUGGGAUGAAGCUGUGCGGCAGAGAGUUUAUACGCGCUGUCAUCUUUACCUGUGGGGGCUCCCGCUGGAGGAGGAGUGUGGGAGACUCAGCUCUUAUUGGAGACGAGGCGUUUGACCAAUGGAACGCGAAUCCUUUCCCUCAACUCGCCGGUGAGCAGGACGCUGCAUCGUCCAACAUUUGGAAAGAACAGACUAUAGAUGUGGCGUCUGUGGCCGCGGAAUUUCGCCGCUCGGCUCGCUCGCCAAUUUCCCAGGAGGUCCUAGAGGCCCUACAAAGUGUAGACAGGAAAGGGCGCGAUGUGGUGGUGGGCCUAUCUAAUGCUUGCUGCAAAUGGGGCUGCAGUAAGAGUGAAAUCAGCUCCCUAUGCUAAAAAACAUUGGCCUUUCUUGUACAGGGGUUCUCAAUUACAUUUGCCCAAGGGCCAGGAAUAAAAAACCCUCAAAAAAUUACAAUGUAAAUGUAUGUUGGUACAAAUAUAUAUAAGCUUUAAAAAUGUUCUGGGAUUUCACAGUUAAUUUCUGUACCGUAACCUUAUAUUUCACAGAAGUGAGCUGUUAUUGCAUGGUAAAAGUCUGUAAUCCCAGUCCUCUGCAACAUCAUAACACAUUCAUAUAAAUUCUAACAGAUUUGUCUCCUAAGGGGAUCUGUAGACUACAUUGAAUUUAAUUAACGUGGACCCUGACUUAAACAAGUUGAAAAACUUAUUCUGGUGUUACCAUUUAGAGGUCAAUUGUACUGUAUGUACUGUACUUUGCAAUCUACUAAUACAAGUUUCAAUCAAUCUAAUUGCACCUUUGUACAGUAUAUAGUGGUAUAUACUGUACGAGAGAGAGUAAUUAACAAUUCAUUACAAUUGUGACGUCAGAGCAUGUCUUUUUAUUUUAUAACUAUAAAAUAAAUAAAUGAUAAACGGAUUGCCAUGUCAAUAGACCGCUUCAACAAAAUGAGUUUUAUAUUUAAAAAUACAAACAUCUCAAUUGACUCCAAACUCAGAGUCCUCAAUACGUAUGUAUGGUCUGUCCUCAUUUACGGCUGUGAAUGCUGGACAUUAAACCAUCAACAACUGAAAAACUUAGAGGCAACUGAAAUGUGUUUUUACAGAAAAAUACUCAGAAUAUCACAGACUGAAAAUAAAAUUAUUAGGUACGGGCAAAGGCAAAAACAAGAAGAUCUCUAAUUGCAGCGAUUCGAAAUAGGCGGCUGAAAUUCCUCGGACAUAUCAUUUGAAAAGACAGAUUAGAAAAACUGAUGUUAACAGGAAAACUAGAAGGAAAGAAAGCUCCAGGUGGACAACGAAUAACAUAUAUCAACAGCCUAAGACAGUGGUUCUCAACGUUUUUUCAGUGAUGUACCCCUUGUGAACAUUUUUUUAAUUCAAGUACCCCCUAAUCAGAGCAAAGCAUUUUUGGUUGAAAAAAGAGAUAAAGAAGUAAAAUACAGCACUAUGUCAUCAGUUUCUGAUUUUUUAAAUUGUAUAACAGUGCAAAAUAUUGCUCAUUUGUAGUGGUCUUUCUUGAACUAUUUGGAAAAAAUGAUAUAAAAACAACUAAAAACUGGUCGAAAAAUAAACAAUGGAUUCAAUUAUAAAUAAAGAUUUCUCAACAUAGAAGUAAUCAUCAACUUAAAGUGUCCUCUUUGGGGAUUGUAAUAGAGAUCCAUCUGGAUUCAUCAACUUACUUCUAGACAUUUCUUCACAAAAAUUUAUGGAACAUGUCCACAAAAAAUCUAGCUGUCAACACUGAAUUGUUGCAUUUUUUUUCACAGUUUAUUAACUGACAUUCAUAUUUUGUUAAAGCAUUAUUCAAUAAAUAUACUUAUAUAGGAUUUGUGUGUGAACGUGAGUGUGAAUGUUGUCUGUCUAUCUGUGUUGGCCCUGCGAUGAGGUGGCGACUUGUCCAGGGUGUACCCUGCCUUCCGCCCGAUUGUAGCUGAGAUAGGCGCCAGCGCCCCCCGCGACCCAGAAAGGGAAUAAGCGGUAGAAAAUGGAUGGAUGGAUGGAUUUUUGAAUUGUUUCUAUUUUUAGAAUAUUUUAAAAAAAAUCUCACGUACCCCUUGGCAUACAUUUAAGUACCUCCAGGGGUACGCAUACCCCCAUUUGAGAACCACUGGCCUAAGACAUUUUAUGGGAAAUAUCAAUAAUGAAGAACUCAUACAUAGAGCGGACGACAAAGAAGACUGGAGAGCCCUGAUACCCCAUGAUGAUGAUGAAAUUAAAACUGUGAUGUUACAGCAUUUAAUUGUAACUUUAUUGCAAUUAAUUGUAAAACCACAGCUCUGCAGUUGCUGUAAAUUGCAGUAAAUGUUGCUGUUUAGCCAGUCAUUUCCUGUGAAUUUUCAAUGAAAUAUUUACAGUGUAAUAUUUAAUGAAAAAAAAAAAUAUUUAUGUAUGUUACCAAUUACCUCGACUGGGAUUUGUACCAUAGCUUCCUUGUUCAUCUCGGUGUCACAUAUCUUUUUCUGUAAAACUUUAUGUUUUCAUUAAUUGGGUGAUGUCUGGUCGGCCGGUCUAUUGAGAACCUCUGAUCUAGUUCAUACAUUGUGUGAAUAAAUGUGUGAAUUAUUGCCCAAAUGUGGUCAAUGUGGGUUUUAAGACAAAUAUAUACUGCAUGUUUAAUAAAGAUGUUUGUCUGUGAUAA